GCUGAUUAGCUUAGGAGUAUUAAAAAUCUAAUUUAAAAGAUGAAGGACAGGUGCCUUAUAAUUGUUGUCUUCAGAAAUCUAUUGGUAACUUUACUGUAACCAUAAAAUUACUUUAGAUUAUUUCUCAAGUAGUUAAAGCUUUUUAUCAACUACAACUCAGCGUUCAAUAUCAUCAUCCCCUCAAAACUAAUCAAUAAACUUCAAGACCUUGGCCUCAAUACCUCCUUGUGCAAUUGGAUCCCCGAUUUCUUCACUUGCAGACCUCAGUCUGUUCUGAUUGGUAGCAAUAUCCUCUCCACAAUCUCCAUCAGCCCAAGUGCAACACAAGGCAGUGAGCUAAGCCCUAUGCUCUACUCACUUUAUACUUACAAGUAUGUGGCUAAGCACAGCUCCAGUGCCAUAUUUAAGUUUGCUAAUGACACCACUGUCACCGGCCAAAUCAAAGGUGGUGAUGAGGGGGAGGGGGAAUUGAAAAUAUGGCUGAGUGGUGCCACAACAACGACCUCUCACUCAAUAUCAGCAAGACCAACUAGCUGAUUAUUGACUUCAGGAUGAGGAAACCAGAGGUUCGUCAUGAUCCAAUCCUCAUCAGGGGAUAAAAGGUGGAGAGGGUCAUCCCUUGCAUUUACAGGUUUGCAGGUGAUGCUGUGGUAGUGGGCUGCAUCUCAAGUAAUGAUGUACAGGAAAGAGAUAGAGACCAUUAUAACAUGGUGUUAAGGCAACAACAUUUCCAAUAAUGCCAACAAAACAAAAGAGAUGGUCAUUGUGAUUAGGAAGAGGGAUGUGGAAAAUGCUCCUGUCUACAUCAAUGAUGUUGAAGUUGAGAGCUUUUGGCUCGUAGGAGUGAGCAUUACCAAUAGCCUAUGCUGGUCCAACCACUUGUACACCAAGAAAGCUCACCAAUAUCUCCACUUUUCCAGGAGGCUACAAAAGUUUUGCCUUUUCCUGUUGACACACAAUAGAAAGCAUCCCAUCUGAGUGCAUAAUCGCUUGGCAUGGCAACUGCUCUGCCUGUGACCGCGAGGCACGGAGAAUUGUGGACACAAAUCAGCAGAUGAUGGAAACUUGAUGCCCUCCUUUGGUCAGAGUCGACCAUCAAUACCGUAUUCUUGCUGUCUAUGUUGUUGAUACACAGGGCAGUACAAUAUGGAGAUCAAGUUGUUGCCCAUGCAGAUGAUGAAUCCAAAGGAUUGGCAGAGACCAAUAUACUAAGGCACUGGUGGCGUUGUAGGAGUUGCCAGUCAGCAUUGAAUUCAAUGUAGGACUCCCUUAAGGACUCCAGCUCUGGAUUUAUCCUUGGGGCUUACUCCCAAAGCCUUCCCCAUGAGUGGGUAUAGCUGCAAGGCAGCAGAGGUUUGAGAUCAGAGUUUUCCUUCUCCUAGAUGAGCUACCAACCAUGGCUGAUGAACUCCAUCUGCCCGAAGUAACUGGUUUUAAUGUGCUAGAAAUCAGCAUUUGCCCCUUCUCCUGUCAGCAGGAACUAUUGCACUGGGCCUCGUGCCUAAGCCAAACUUGAAUGCCAGGAGCUGCACUUACAGUAUUGUCAGAGGCUAUUUGAGAUGCACGUUAUUGGGAGCAUUUAACAGGUAGUGGGAGCACUAUUGCACUUUAUUCUGCAUAUUAUUCUUUCACUUUUUUCCUACCUCACUGCACUGUGCAACACUUGAGUUGUAUGAACUAUAUGCAAGACAAUUUGUUCACUGUAUCUUGGGGCAUGUCACAAUAAUAAUCCAAUUCCCAUCUGUUUGGACCAUAUGGCCUGUUUCAGCUCUAUAUAUCCUUCAUAUCCCUUACAUCACCAUUCAGGAAAAUGAUGUCUGAUCAUUGAGCUUGCUUGUUUCGAUUUCAUAAAAGCUAUUGUUUAACAGACAAUGAGGUAAGAAUUCCAGAGCUUCUGACUUCAGCUGGGGCUGCCAAAUGACCAAGUCUGCUGGUCAUUUCAGGACAGUCUCUCAAAUGAUGCAGGAUGAAUAUUGUCGCCUCAUACACUCAUUGGGUUUUGCAAAAUCUGAAACACAUGGUGCUGAGAUCUGGUGAAUGCUUUAAUUUUGAAGCUUUUAUUGAGGUGGCAGUCGAUGGCAAUUUAUUUCUAACCAAGAGGCUAUAUCAAUGAGAGUGAUUUUCAGUCGUGUGGUUCAGGCAAUGCAAAGAAUGCUGUUAACAUGUUUGAAUUGAUUCAUCAGCUGAAGGAAUAACCUGAAAGUCAACAUUCAACAGGGGAGAGUUCUUUAGCUGGCCCAUUGCCUCCUACCCAGCAAUGCUGAGGCAAGAUCUUGUCAACACAACUGAAACCUGCUCAUUUGUGUUUGGAGGGCCUUGAUUUAAUAGCUAUCCAAUUGGCUACUUAAGGUUCUUAAGGUAUUUUCUUUGUCAAAAUAUUCUAAACCAAAGAAAGAUGAUUUUUUCUUUUGUAUAUGACAUACUCAGAUCUCAGGUGGGACCUGAGUUCUCAGUUGCUUACUCACUUCAGGUGAUACUAAAAAAUAAAUGCAAAACGUUUAUUAUUUUAAGUUCUCUUCUAGUAAAUAUGAAAACCAUGUAAGAUAAUCACUUGGGAAAGAUGCAAAGAAAACAACUGAAUCACAAACCAAGGAUAAAUACAGUUGGAAAUUGCAAUUCAAUAGGAAAUCCAUAAGAAACCACUUUACACAGAAUGGCUGAAAUCUAGAACUCUCAUCCACAAGUCAUAAAUGCAGUAAAGAGGAAGCUAUAAAUAUAUAAAACCCACAAGGGAGAAAGUAAUAGAAGCUUUUGUUUGAAUUAUGUGAAGAGAAAUUAGAGAAAGCUGAUGUGGAGGAUAAACAGUGGUGUAUAUACAUCAAUAGUGGUUAAAUGGUCUGUCUCUUGUGUUGUUCAUUCUAAAUGGGGGAAAACAAAAAAAAAUGUUUACAGCUAAUUCAAAAUCGAUGUCUCAGGCCCAAUGGCAUUAGAAUCAACAUAAACUAGCUCCAGAGCGGACAGUGAUAUUAUUCCUCUAUCUUGCCAACUCAAAGAUAACAAAUGAGUUUUUUUCUUGACUAUUGGGACAAAAAAUUGGUCCUUUGACUGCUCAGUGAAACACUGAGUGUCAUAGGAAGUCAUUCCUACCUGUGGCCAUCAAACUUUACAACUCCUCCCUAGGAGUGUCAGACACCCUGAGCCAAUAGGCUGGUCCUGGACUUAUUUCCACUUGUCACGAUUAACUUGUUAUUAUUUAAUUAUUUAUGGUUUAUAUUGCUAUAUUUCUUCACUAUUCUUGGUUGAUGCGGUUGUAACAAAACCCAGUUUCCCUCAGGAUCAAUAAAGUAUGUCUGUCUAUUUAGCCUCAAGUUAUGAAUUGGAUUGUGACUAAAUAAUACUUCUAAUUGUAUUUUAUAUCCUUGCAUAGCAAGCACCUUGGUGCUUAAUUAAACUGAGAAGCAGAGAAAGGAUGGAUAGUCACAGACUUGUUCUCAAAGCAGAACAUAGAACACCACAGCACAGUACAGGUCCUUCGGCUCAUGAUGUUGUGCAGACUUUUAACCCUCUCUAUGAUCAUUCUAAUUCUUCACUCCUACAUAAACCUCCAUUUUUCUCUUAUCCAAGUGCCCCUAAUUUAUCUGUCUCUUCCACCGCCCCUGGCAGGGCAUUUUAUGUGCCUACCAUGACAGUCUAGCAUAUAGAAUAGUCUAAUCUGGAGGUCAUUGAUUUAAGGUGAGAUGGGUAAUAUUUGAAGGUAAUGUGAAUGGCAAGUUUCCCCACAUUGUGGUAGGCAUGGAAACCAAACCGCAAGAAGAUGUGAUAAAGGGAAGAACAAUUACAGAAUUUGAAAAACAAAUUAGACAGACACAUGGGUAGGACAGGAGUAGAGAAAUAAGCCAAACGUGGGAAAAAGGGAUUGGAGCAGAUAGGUAUCUUGGUCAUAAUGGACUGGAGGGCCUCUUUCUGUGCUAUAUGACUAUUUAACCUUUCAACCUUAAAAACAGAAAAUGCUAGAGAUGUUCAGCAAGUUGGGCAGCCUCCAGGGCCACAAAUCUGAAACUUCCUAAAACUACAGUUUACACAGUUCUGAGGGGCAUAAUUCUACUUUCUGUAGGCAAGAUUAAAUGCACGUCAACAAAUGCCAGAGAUCAGUUCUCUGUAAAUUUUGAAUUCAUACAAAAACAUCGCACUGAUAAUGCAAUCAGUGAUCUCAAGAAAGUUUUGUUUAUCUCAUUCACGAUUUUUUAAAUUUUGCGGCAAUGUGACUCUAAUUCUGUUUAUAGCCAUAAUAAUUUUAACUGAAUUAGGCUGUGCACAGGAGCUUUAUUGCGUGCAGGGGUAAAAUUUAAUUUCAGUGAGUGAAUUGGGUCUGGCGCUCAGUUUAUGCACUUAAUUUCUUGGAAAAUUGCCAAUCUGUUUUGAUAUUGCAAAUGCCAAUUACAAUGUGACUGUUUGACUGAAAUCAUUUGUGAUUCAUUUGAAUCUGUAUUUGGGGAAUUGCCUUUUAUUGCUUUUAUUUUGUGUUCAAGGUACACAUGUUUUAAACAAAAUAUGUACAUUUAACCAACUUUGUUAGACAUUGUUAUUACACUGGGUGACUAAUUUAUUAGGUACCUCCUGUAAAGGUCUUCAUUUGUGGUCUUUUGACACUGUAGCCAAUCCACUUCACAGUUCUAUGUGUUGUUUAUUCAGAGAUGCUUGACUGCACACCUGUGUUGUAAUAUGUUGUUAUUUGAGUUACUGUUGCUUUCCUGAGAGCUUGAACCAGUCUGGCCAUUCUCCUCUGACUUUUCUCAUUAACUAGGCAUUUUUGGUCAUAGAAAAACUUUUUGUGUAAACUCUAGAGACUCGUGCGUUAAAAUCCAGAGAUCAGUAGUUUCUGAGCUGCUCAUACCACCACAACUGGCACCAACAAUUACUCCACAGUCAAGAUCACUUAGAUUACUUUUUUCCCCAGUCUAAUGUUUGGUCUGAAACUCUUGACUAUGUUGCUUUCAUGCACUGAAUUGCUGCCAUAUGAUUGGCUGAUUAGAUAUUUGCAUUAACAAGCAGGUGUACCGAGUAAAAUGGCCACUGAAUGUAUGCAUGUUGAGUGUUUCACAUUAUGGAGCUACUCCACUUUAAAGUUGUUUCCCCACAAGACUAUUGUUUGUGACUAGUGAGGGUGGCUUAUUUAGCAUGAUUCACUCACUAUUCAUUAAAUCUUGAAAUUUUUCUUGUAUAAAACCUUAUGUACAGAUACUCUUGUACCUAGUAUCACUUUAUGUACAUACAAUCAUUCUAGUAUAUAAGCAAUCUGAUGUAUGUAUUGUUUUGUAUUUUGUUCAUUAUCUUACUGUGAUUCUGUGUUGCAUUGAAUUUGGAACAAUUAUUUUGGUUUCUUUUAUGCUUGUGUAUUGGAAAUGACAUUAAACGAUCUUGAACCUUAUAAUGGAAAUUGAUGGAUUGAUACAGAUAUUGGCUGUUAUUAAUAGUGAUGUACCUCCUACUUGGAUAUCAACCAAUUUGCAGUCCCAUUCUCCCUCAAAGUCAACAUCAAUGGAUUGUUACUAGUUGUAAUAAAUGGAGCCAUGUUUUACAAGCAGUAGCAAGCUUCAGCUGUAAGAUUUCCAUUAAAAAUUCACCCCACUGGGUGGAUGACGAUACAAUUCAACAGUGCAUGCACAAUCAAUUCUAAUGCAAUGCCCAACCUCUGCAAAUUCAUCAGACCCUACAAUUAAAUACAAUUUAAAAAUCACUUUAAUGAUUGUGGUCAAUAUUUGCUGGAUUACUUUUCAGUGAGGUACCCUAGCUCUCAUUGCCUUGUGCUGAUUUUUGAACAUUGGCCAAAGGCACAGAAUGCUGGAGGAGCUCAGCAGGUCUGUGUAGAAGAAUAAAUAGUCGACUUUCGUCAGGACUCUCAGGUGCUGCCUGACCUGCUGAGUUCCUCCCAGCGUUUUUUUUUAAUGUAUGUGUUGCUCUGGAUUUCCAGCACCUGCAGAAAAUCUUAUAUAGUAAAAUAUUAAAUCUGUAUCUCCAAUCCUUGGUUCGUUUCCAAUUUAAUUAGCUCUUUUAUUGCAAAGAUGACAAACGUGUAAGCACGCUCUAAGCUGAGUACAAAUGACGGCUGGAAUUGUUUGGAAUGCGGUCUGGUGCGGGUACCAGUUUGAAGACGUGCUGUAGUACACAUUGACAUGCGUUCUGCUCGGCAGGUUCUCCACACCCACCACCGGCUGAAGAUAGCGGGAGCACGCACGACGCUCAGAACACUUUACACUACAGUAAUAUAUUUUGUCGAAUGGUUACUCGCUUCUUUCCGACAAACCAAUGUUUUUUUUUCAAAAAAGAACAUUUUUACUGUAGUAACCCGAGUCUUUGCACAAUGAAAGGCAAGCGGUUGCAAGUGUACCAGCUUCCUCUGAUGUGCUAUAAUUCAAUGGGAAAAUGUUCUGCUGACUGGCAUUUGCAAUUGACGCGGGCUAAAUCUGAGUUCAAACAAUGCCUGGUAAUUCUGCCCAGGAAGAUAACGUUUCAUGCAUACGUACUCUACAAAUUAUUUAUUCGCAGAGACCUAACUGCGCCCAAUCUAUGCUUUUAUGAAUGAACUGCACUGGGAGGGGCAAAUUGUCACCAGAGAUGAUGUCAGCAGCCUGGGUGAAACUAUCGCACGGAGGCUGGCCAUUAAGGAGAGUUUUAUCGCUCUGGUUUGUCAGAUUGGCUGACGAACAAAUUAUGGGCUGCUGACGGAAUGACUGUUCCCACUGGACUUGGGUCACGAUUAAACUAUAAUCCGAGAUGUGCUUCAACUGCGGAGCCCAGAACAAAACGGUAGCCUAUUAGUCAUCCUGGUUAGAUGGCUUUAAGUUCAGAUCAGCGCCGCUGGCCGUCACAUAAGUGUUCAAGGGUCUUGGCACCGAUAUUGUUCGCUGAAGGGACAUUGAGGCAGCUGGUGGUUGAGCUAGCGAGCGUGCUAUCGUUUCAUGGCAUCAUGUUCUGCUUUUGUCUGCAGAACUCCUUGAUGAAGCUGCAAACGCUUGACGUCGACCUGUGUUCAUCUUUUCUACCAAGCCCGGAGGAAAGAUCUGCGGCGCAGUGUAGCAAGGAGCAAGCCCCCCAAAUUGGUCGAAAUGGGGCAGCCGAUGAAGGAAGCAGCGGCGAGCACACCACCACCAUUGCCCCUAUUAUUGAUUUCAAAUUAAUGCAUCAGCAGCGAGAUAGUGACGAGCCGAUCCCAGCCUUUGAGAGCUGGCAGAGUGAGCCGGAGAGUGGAAGGGAAGCCCAUCGAUCACUGGGGGCUGGCAGAUUGCUGCAUCAUGUCACUGAAGGAGACAAUCCACUGAUAUCGCCGCGCUGCUCGAGUUUUAGUAAGAGUCAAAGAUUUGUACUGGAUACAGAGGCUGCUCCAUCCCCACCAAGUGCUCAGCUCUUUAUCAUGCCAAGAAAUUCUUCAUUAGUUAAUUCUGAGACUGAAAAUGGUCCAGUGUUGGUUAUGCAACUAACCAAACAGAUCCAGAAUCUGAGAAAGAAAAUCCGGAAGUAUGAAGAAAAAUUUGAGCAAGAGAAGAAAUAUCGGCCCUCCCAUAGUGAUAAAGUUGCUGAUCCAGAAGUCUUGAAGUGGAUGAAUGACCUAACAAGGGCCCGUAAGCAGUUAAAAGAACUGAAACUAAAGAUCUCUGAGGAGGAGAAUAAUAGGCGGCAUAGACAUCGAACCAGUCUUCUAUCUGACAAAGAGAACAAUCAGCAUUCCUCAGAAUUUCAACAGAAGCCAAGAGUGGAAGAGACUGUACAAAUAGUGAUGAAGAAAUUGAAAGAAAAGCAGGAAAUGCUUGGCCUUCCAGAAGAUGUUAAGGUAUCGAAGCAAGAAAGACUGCUCAUGAAGCCACUCUAUGACAGAUACCGAAGCAUACGGCAGCUUCUCUCACCUGUAGCUACAAUUCCCACUAUUGAAGAAGAAGGUUCUGAUGAAGAAACCAUCCUGAAGGGCAAUGAAACCUCUUGCAGAUCAGCAGCAGACUUUCCAUUCCAAGAAUUUGUAGAUAAUGUAGGUCAUGGAGAUGAAGAUCAUGAGCUAGGAUUUAUCCCCCUGGAAGAAAAGAAGGACACAAGGCAGCUUACAAGUUCAUUGUCCAAUUUGCAUGAAGCCUCCAUGCCUGAACUGUUGGAACACCUUCGUGAAACUAGAGCAGAGAAAAAGAAACUUCGUAAAACGCUCAGAGAGUUCGAAGAUCAAUUCUACAAACAAACAGGAAGGAAUGUCCAGAAAGAAGAUCGCAUACCAAUGGCUGAAGAGUACAGUGAGUACAAGCAUAUGAAAGCCAAGCUUCGACUGUUGGAGGUUCUUAUCACGAAACUCGAUGGCUCAAAAACUCUACUGAGUUCUUAGAAAACAGAAAAUUUUUGAAGACUAUUUUCUUGUCCUUGCAACAAACAGAGGAAGUUAUUCAAACCUCUCUAAAGCUCCUGGAUGUUUCAAGCUUGUGUUUGUGCCAUAGAAACUCUUGGCUGCACCUUACUAAUUACUGAUAUCCCUAUACUCCAACAGUGACAGCAAGAAUGAACACAGACGUUGUUGAGCAACUAAUCAAAGUCACUGUUACAGAAGACAACAUGUUAUAAUAUGCACCAGUAUUUUUGAGCAGCUAGCUUUGAGAAUUUUAUUAAAAAGACCUUUUUUGACAUUGAUAAACAAUAUAUGAAUUCACUUUUGGCAGGAGAUGUGUUUAGGACAAACACAAUUAUUGAUGGUCUCUGUUUGAGACUCCAUAGCACUUUACUUGUAUCAACCUGGACUGAAGAGUUAUGUACAGUUAUAAAAGCCUGCCUAUUACUCAUAUUUUUUGAUUUUCAAUUUAUAUCAUAUUAAGUAGUUUGUGGUUUAAAUACAAAUAUUAUCAUUGCUUGAUAAUGGAAAAAAAUUCAAAGUGAAUCCACAAUUGUCUGGACACAAUCGUUUUUCUCAAGACCAUUUAAAACACGGUGAAGAUGCAAUUCCUUUAAUCAUUUUUGAUCAACUGAUGACCUGGGAUUGCCUUAUCUUUAUACCGUUUAUUAACUAACUGUGUUUUCAUUUAUAUUUUUGGAUAGUACACUAAAAAUAUUUGUAAUGUUUUGUAACUUUCAUAAUUUUCACAAGUAGUAAUAUUCUGAGACUCUAAUAUGUCUGCAUGCAUAAUAUUCCUGCAGUGCUUUAUUAGUUUUUUGUGCAUUAUGGUAUGAUGCAUUGAAAAUGUCCCAAUCAAUCCCUUCAAUCAACCAUUGCAUUUUGAAGUACUGGUUUUCCACAAUUUUUAUGUGGACAAGGAAAGACAUUUGGACAAUCGUAUUUGGACAGUAAUAGGCCUUUCUGGUCCAAUGAGAUCGUGCCAUCCAAUUGCACCUAUGUGACCAAUUAACAUACUGACCCCUUCUUUGGAAUGUGGGAGGAAAUCCAUGCAGACAUGUGGAUAAUGUAGUAACUCCUUAUAGACAGCAGCAGGAAUUGAACCCGGGUGACUGGUGCUGUAAAGUGUUGCACUAACUGCACUGCCCUAUCUUAGUUCAUUACAGUAUUCCAAAGAACCUCAAGUGAUUUAUGUUUUUUUUAAAACUGGCUCCUUGGUUGGCUCAUGUUCCGCUCUCCAUGGUUACAUAAUAUCCAUUAAUUUGACUGCAAAUAGGCAUAAAUUUAAAAUGCCACUGUUGCAAAUAAUAAUUGCUAUAAUAGAGCAAUUACCCACACUUAAGUUCCUCUCCAAAUGUUUCCUUCUUCAGGAAUUUCACACAAAUUUCUAGUUUUAGACCUAGGAAGUU